AUGUCCUCUGUGUGAAGCGGAGACUCAGUCAGAUCGUCCUCCGGCCCCGAACACAGUCGACUUUUCUCCUGGUGUCUGAAAACUGAAGACGCAGACUUUGAAGAUGAGGGUGUGGAUUGUCUUCCUCCUGUGCCUGGCUGGACACGCCAUGGCUGCUCCUACUGAGGAGGUGCUGGUGACUGAGGAGGAGCUGGUGACUGAGGAGGAGCUGGUGACUGAAGAGCCCAUUUUCGAGGAGGAGACCGAGGUGGGAGUGAACCCAGUGCAGGUGGACGUUGGAGAGUUUGACGAGGCCAUUGAGGUCAUUGAAGACGCUGAGGAGAAUCCCUGCAUGAACUACCACUGCAAGAGAGGCAAAGUGUGUGAGGUCGACGAGGACAACACCCCUAUGUGUGUGUGCCAGGACCCGUCCACCUGUCCACCUGCCGAGGGAGACUUCGAACAUAACUGCGGCACCGACAACAAGACCUACGAAACCGCCUGCCACUUCUUCGCCACCAAGUGCACCCUGGAGGGAACCAAGAAGGGCCACAAGCUGCACCUCGACUACAUCGGACCCUGCAAAUACAUCGAGCCCUGCCUGGACAACGAGCUGAAGGAGUUCCCCAUGCGUAUGAGGGACUGGCUGAAGAACGUGCUGGUGACUCUGUACGAACGCGACCAGGACAACGACCUGCUGAACGAGAAGCAGAAGCUCAGGGUGAAGAAGAUCUACGAGAACGAGAAGAGGCUGCAGGCUGGUGAGCACUCUCUGGACCUGCUCGCUCAAGACUUCCAGAAGAACUACAACAUGUACAUCUUCCCCGUUCACUGGCAGUUCGGACAGCUCGACCAGCAUCCAGCUGACGGAUACCUGACUCACUCAGAGCUUUCCCCUCUGCGUGCUCCGCUCAUCCCCAUGGAGCACUGCACCACUCGCUUCUUCGACGAGUGCGACACCGACGGCGACAAAUACGUCGCUCUGGAGGAGUGGGCCGCCUGCUUUGGCCUGAAGGAGCAGGAUGUUGACAAAGACCUCAUCAUCUAAUAAGCAGCAGCAGCAGCAGCAGCCGCAGCAGCCGCGUGACAACUCCUAGUCGCUACUAACGGGACGAAGGUGCUGAUCCCUAAGUUAAAAAUCACAGUAACGGUGCUAACGACAAAUUUGUUUUUAUUUUCUUUGGUUUUUAUUUUUUAAAUAAUGACUUUUUCUACCUAUACCACUAAAAAAACAAAAAAGAUUAGAAAAGAGAAACGUGCACAGUCUGUACUAACAAACAAAAAAAAACCCAGUAAAGAAAACUAAAGACCUCUGAUGUAAAUGUAUGUUGUUUGACAAUAUUAUAACAAAUUGUCCGGGGCUUUAAUCGCAUUGGAACGAUUUAAUUUGAAAGGAGACAAAAACUGUAAAAGUCCAAAAUAAAGUUUCUAAAUAAAUGCUCCCUCUGCUUGCUUUUUACAAAACAAAUAUUUAGUUUUUGCACUCCUUUGGUGGUGGACUCCUUUUUCUGCUGUCAUUCUGUGUAUCUUUAUGUUUUAUUUUUUAUUAAUAUUAUUAUUGUUAUUUUGAAUCGUUUGACUACUGCUAAACAAAUUAAGACGAUAUAGUGUUUUGGACGUUGACAUGAGAGGGGAUAUCUCGCAGGCUGAGAGUUGUUCUCACGUUUCAAAAUGUUUCUAUUCACACUGAGAGCUCGAGCUAAACUCUUUCCAUGAAUAAAAGACUCUGGGAAUCUC